AUGACGAAGGGUACCUCGUCCUUUGGUAAACGCCAUAACAAGACUCACACUUUGUGCAGACGCUGCGGUCGCCGCUCUCUUCACAUCCAGAAGCACACGUGCUCGUCAUGUGGCUAUCCUGCUGCUAAGAUCCGCCAAUACAACUGGGGAAUGAAAGCCAAGCGAAGAAAGACCACCGGUACCGGCCGCAUGCGCUCGAUGAAGGAGGUGCCGCGCAAGUUCAAGAAUGGGUUCCAGACUGGUGCACCAAAGGGAGCGAGGGGGACGACUACGAAUCCAGCGUAG